AUGGCUGUGGUUCCAUGGGGCUGGUGCGACCCGGGCCGGACUCAGCCAUGCUGGCCCCCACCUCCCCCAUUCCUGGGGGCCUUCUCAGCCCAGCACUGUGCCAAGUACUCCCAGCAGCUGUUGCCACAGCACAUCCAGUACGAGUUUGACAGGGAGCAGAGUCGGCAGGAGAAAGAGCAGGAGAAGAGACAGGAGCUGCAGCAGCUGAUGCACAAGGACAAGAGCGAGCAGAGUGCUGUGGCCAGUCCCCUGGUGAAACAGAAACUCAGAAGCCAAAUCCUGAAGAGGAAGGAGCAGGCCGCCCUGGAGAGGACCGCCUCCAACCUCUUCGGCAGCACCACGCCCAGGGGUUACAGGGAAUUGGCCCCAGAUCCUGACAUGACCCCAAAGCCUCUCAUGGUGACUCCUGAUGUCCAUCAUCCACUAUGUGACCAACGCAAGGACAUGCCCCUCAGAAGAACAGCCUCGGAGCCCAUCCUGAAGGUGAAGAGUAAACUGAAGAAGCACAUCAACUCCAGACAGAACCCUCUCCAACGCAAAACCAGUGCUCCCCCUACUGUCAAGCACAGAACGCCGGACACUCAGGACUAUUCCCCCAGCAGCAGUAGCACUCCAGUGUCGGGGUGCAGCUCGCCCAAUGACAGCCUCCUCUCAGAUAGCCCACUUACUACCGGACUGGCCACGAGACUCAGAGGUUGCUGCUCCAGGAUGGCACACUGGCCCGCCUCCUUGCCCUGCUCCACCGCCCUGCCCACCAACAGCGCCAGGCUGCCCACCCAGGUGCGAGGCCUGAGCCCCGGCCCUCUCCAGUACCCCUCCUCCAGACUGGAAUGCCUGGCUCCCGGGCCCCCACAGACCCCUGGGUCGGACCCGCUCUGA